UUCCAUUAUGUGCCUCAGCACUGUCGCAACGACUCGACGUUUUACGGCAGCAAACAUUGGGUUUGAUUGGAUUUUUCAGUGCCGUAAACAGUUGAAGGAAAAAACACGCAUGAUGAGAGUUUGACACGGCGUGUACUCACGCGUACGUUCUGAAUUACAAUGGAAGCUAAACCCAAAACACCAUAUUCGCCCAAAGGAGUAAAGAAAUUGAAACAGAAAGGAAAGGAUUCUCCUGGAACAGUAUCUGGUAGUCGGCCUCCUGGUAAAAAGCCCUUCAAAGCAUACAAGAAGGACACACAAGGCAAAAUGGGGAAGAGUGGCGAUAACGCCAAGAAACAGACAUUAGCUAAAGGUGGGAAAGGGCCAAAAAGAAAGUUUGACAAAGAGGAAGGAGACAAUGAAAAACAGGACAGAGGCCCUCAGGCAAAGAGGUUCAAGAAAGGUGACUUUAAGCCAAAGAAAAAGAAGGAGGGAGUGCAGCCGUCAGAUGAAGACCUGAAGAAAAACAGGCUGCAGAAAAAGAAAGACCUGAAGAAGAGCAGACAGCAAUCGGAUCGAAAGGACAUGUACCAGAUCAUCAACCAGGCCAAACAAGUGUGGGGAGAUCUAAGGAUGAAGAAGUGUGACAGUGAUUUAAAGAGGAAAUUGAUGAAGGAUCUUCAUGAACUAAUUAGGGGGAAGUACAAACAGAUGGCGUAUGCUCAUGACUCUGUGCGAGUGUUGCAGUGUUUCAUCCAGUGGGGUAGCCACGAGCAGAGAUGGGAAGUGUUUGAGGAACUUAAAGAUGAAGUCAUUGUUUUGUGCAAGUCGCCAUACGGCAAACACGUGGUGAAAAAGUUGCUGAUGUAUGGGAAUAAGGAGCUGGUGGCAGCGGUGAUGCAAACAUUUAAAGGAAACGUACGGCCGUUGCUUCGUCACGCCGCCGCUUCUGCCAUCAUUGAAUACGCCUACAACGACAAAGCUGUCCUUGCGCAGAGACACAUGCUCACUGAGGAACUGUACGGAACUACCUUCACCGUGUUUAAGUCAUCAGUGUGCAACACCAUCGAAAAGGUUGCAGAGGCGAACCCAGGCAAGCUGGAUCAAAUCAUCACUGAUAUGAAGCAAAUUCUUACGCCAAUGGCACAGAAAGAGCAGGUCAUCAAGCACUCUCUGGUUCACAAAGUCUUCCUGGACUUUUUCCUGUUAAGUCCUGACAAACAGAGAGCGGAGAUGAUUGAGUCAAUAAGGGAAUCAGUUGUCUAUAUGGCUCACACCCAUGAUGGAGCUCGAGUGGCCAUGCACUGUCUGUGGCAUGGGACUGCCAAGGAUAGAAAAAUCAUUAUCAAAACAAUGAAGACAUACAUGGUGAAGUUUGCCACGGGGGAGUUUGGUCACCUGGUUCUUCUCGCCAUUUUUGACUGUGUGGAUGACACCAAACUGGUCAAACAGGCAGUGUUGUCUGAGCUCUUGUUGUCUUUGGAUGAAGUCAUCAGUAACAAGUACGGCAAGAAGGUUCUGUUGUACCUGCUUAGCCCCAGAGACCCUGCUCACCUGCUGCCCGAGAUCAUCAAGGUGCUGGAAGGAGGAGAUGGCAAUGCACACAGUAAAAAGGACUCUGCCCUUCGAAAGAAGGAGCUGCUGGAGGUCGUCUCCCCACCACUUCUUGAUUAUCUCCGCGACAACGCCUCCGCCAUGGUCAUGGAUAAGGCCACCAGCGUGACGGUGAGCGACAUCCUGGCGUCGGCCUGCGGCGACCUGCAGCCUGCCAUGGCAGCUGUAGCUCAGCUGGCCAAUCAGGAGCUUGUUCCAGGAGGGGUCCAAGGACAGCUCCACAUGGCAGAACAUCCCGCAGGACACUUGGUGCUCAAAUGGCUCAUCGAGCAGGACGUCACUCUGUUAGAGGCUGGCAAAGAAGACUGCUUUUCCAGGAUCCUGGUGGACACUGUUGGGAUGGAAAAACUGAGGAGCUGGGGCAAAGUCAACAGAGGUGCCAUGGUGCUCUGCAGCCUCCUGAACAGCUGUGACAAGUCCGUGGUGGCGGACGUGAAAGCAGCUCUGCAGGACUUUGAGCUCGACAGCGCCAACAGCAGCAAGGGAGCCGAAAUCCUGCUUGAAAAUUUGAGAAAUUAGUCGUCACACACAGCUGGCGGUAUACAGAGCAUCACCUUGGGUCAAGAAGUAGAUGCAAACAGGGACUGAGUCACAUCAGCAACCGAUGAGGGCCUUAUCUCAACUGCUCGUUGCGAUAUGUUUAACACCAAAAAAUGUUCAAAGUGAAGGGCACCAAACCUUGGGCUAAUGUAUGAGUAUUUUUAAACGUAUCUGUGCUCCAACUUUAAGAUCUUCUACUCUGGGCUAAGGAAAAUAAGGUUUGGAGUUUGUAACGUAAUCGGGUUCAAGAAAUGGACAAAUUAGCUAGUUUUGCGCACAUACCCUGUAACAACAUUUCCACAGUACAAAAGUGAGUGCUGAGGUCGUGCCUAGAAAAGCAUCCAGCUAAAAUACAAAUGCAGAUCAAACCACCUCAAAAUUGUAUCAUCAUAGGUUUCUCCUCAUCCAGAUUAAGAGAAUCAGUUGCUGUAACUGUUAAGCAGUUGAAUAUGGCUCAACAUUUCAGUGCAAGGUCGGGCACAUGUAACUGAGUUUUGUAAAGAUUGUCAUUUUUUUACACUUGUAAAGUUUUAACCAGUUUUGUCAAUACAUUUGUCAUUUUAACAAAUUGAUUUCUCCAGUCAACAUGAUGGCAUAAAAUACUAAAAUAAAAAACAUUUAAAAUUAGA